UCAUCGCGUAAAGCCAACGCAGGGGAUGUCGUCAUGUGGCUGUUGUCCUGCUGAGUCUUUGGAGAAAAUCCUUCCCUGCUCGGACAGAAGCGUGUUUUUAGAAAUGUGUUUUUACUUUUCACUAACAGGGCGGCACAUCCUCGCGACCACAUGAGCCGGCAGGAGAGUUUCCGAACAUUUAACAACAAGAAGAAGAAGAAGAAGUCGGAGAGCGGCUGCCUUAGCUCACUGGCUAGCCGGCUAGCUUGCGAGUUAGCAGCGUAGCUGCAGCAGCUGCUGUUAGCAUGGCGUCUCCGUUCAAAAUCCCCAAGAAGAAACAGCCAGCGGGUUCUGACUCCUCCCACCUGCACUCGCAGUCGCCGCUGUCCCGCCUCCAGAGCCCCGCCCCAGAAUUUAAGGGUUAUGGGCAUCAGUCCAGUAGAGGCGGGGCUGACAGGAUGCAUGCUGGGAACGCGCUGGGCUCCUCAACGAGCAGACAGAGCGUGCCGUGUACACCUGUUUUCAGGGACUACGUCAAAUCGCUGCUGGGACUCAACAGCCCGAACAGAGGAGCGCCAACAGCCAAUCGCAGAGCACCGGGAAGCUGCGGCCGCCAAUCACAGCCCGGACAGAGAGCCCAGUCGUCGUCGGGCUGCGUCUCAAACGGAUGGCGUCCUAAGAGAGCGUCAGACCGCCUGCUGCCGCCUGACGAGGCCUCAGAGCCCCUGACUCCACCACAGAAGAAGAAAAGUGACCUCAGAGGUCCGCCCCUGUCCUCUAAAAACAUCUCUGUGGAGUCGCUGGACUAUCUGGCAGAACUGCGAGGUGAGGAGCAUGCUGGGAGUUUGAGUUCACCGACGCAGAAAAGGGGACGUGGAGGAGAGUGGACACCGACGAGGACGCCGCUGACGAGAAGAGCGACUCAGGAAGCUCUCCUGAAUCUUUAAAGCAGCAGCAGAAGUCGUCUGUCUCCGGUUCAGACCAGACGUCAGAGGACGACUUUGUGUCUCCGCCCAGAGCCGGAAACAAACCUCUCCACAAGGACGUCCGCAG